AUGUCGGACCCUCCUCCACCGGACCCCGAUAUUGGGAACGAGGAAGCUCGAACCACUAAUUUUCUUGCAUUAAUGGAACCACUAACGGCUCCCGAUCUGGAGAAGUUCUCCAAGACCUUGGGGCUCGUCUUCCAAGGAUCAAAUCUGAAUGGAAAGAUAUGGGUGUUUGCUGAAGAAGGAGCAAGAUUCUGUGCUGAAUGCGACACGGAUCAAGUUCUCCAUGGCCGGGUUGAGUCCCCUCGCCUUGUGGGACACAUUGGCAUUUCAGCGGUUUAUGCUAAAUGCACAAGGGGCGAAAGGAUCCAUUUGUGGAACAAAAUGAGGGAAAUUGCACUGGCUACCGAAAGCUCGCCUUGGAUCAUUGGGGGAGACUUCAACACCAUCCUUUCGACGGGUGAUAGAGUUGGUAGUGACACUAACCGACAAGCUGAAAUGGUGGACUUUGCGGAGGCUAUCGAAGAUUGCAGAGUUCUUGAUCCGGGGUUCGAUGGCUCCGAAUUUACAUGGGCCAAGAAUGGCCUUUUCGAGAGGCUUGAUAGAGUAUUAGUGAAUGAACGUUGGGCACAAUGCUUUGAAGCGACUAGAGUAACAAACUUACCUCGGGUUUCAUCGGACCAUGGCCACGGGGCCGUUCCGCUUUCAAAAUAUGUGGGUUAG